AUGGAUCCUUCGCUGAUCAAAGAACUCCAGCUGGAGCCCCUCUCGCCACGAGGCAGCGAUUCCAGUUAUUCCAGCGAACCACUGGGCAGUGAUAACAGCAAUUCCAGCAAACCCCCCAGCGACAGCGAUAGGAGCGGACGAAACCCCCAGCCCGAAGCCAAGAUGGCAGUGGACCAGUCGCAACGUCGGCGCCCCCAACCACUGGACCUGCAUCAAUCCAGCGGGAUACAGGACCCUGAGAAACUCAGCGGUUCGCAAUUUGCAGAGCCCACAUAUUUGCAGGAAGAGUGGAAGCGGACUCCAACCCAACCAGAGAAGAGGCGAAAGAAACGUGGGUUUUGGAGGUGGAUGUCAGGCUGUUUCAAAGGAGACCAAGAAACAGACGAUGAACACGAAGUCAAGAUGGAGUCUGCGGUUGACAAGCAUCCCAUCAUGGGCAAGUUCAGCUCUCUAUUCCGCAGCAAGUCGGAUAAAGACAAGCCCAACGAGACACCUGUGAACCCUUAUGCGCAACAACCGCCGUCCAGCGACACAUACUCGUCCGCUCCUGCGUACGGCGGAAAUCGCGGAGUCCCUUCAGGACUGCCGUCCGGUCCUCGUCCCGGUGGCAUGGGCGGCGGCUUACCAUCUGGUCCUCGUCCUGGAAGCUCCGCCCCACCGCCUUACUCCGCUCAGAAUGAUGCCGCCUUUGCAGACAACAAGAAGAGAUAUGAUUCGGCUGCAUCCAGCCCUUCGAUAGGAUAUGGGAAUGAUCGGCCUGGCGCUCCCAGCGGGUAUGGCAGCAACAGAUACGAUAACGCUGCCGGUUAUGGCCAGAACAACAACGCUCAAGCUCCGCCUCCAAGACAAGGGGGAUACGGCGGUUUUGACAACAAUCGCGCACAACUGUACGAUGGUUAUUCACCGCAACAAGCGCCCCCCAAGGAUUACACCUUACCCGAGAACUACGAAGAGUUGACGGCCGAGGAGAAAGAUGAGGCGCAGGCACGAGUGACGAAGGGUAAAAUUGUUGAUACUCUUCGAGAUACAGCUGCGAGCACGGCGCGGUCUCGGCAGAAGAUGGCUGAAGGAUUGGAGAGAAUGAGGGAUAUAGACGAGAUACUUUACAGAGAUGGACAGAUUCUCAACAAGGUCGAACAGCAGAUUUCUGAAUCCCAACAUCAGAGCAGGCUCGCUAAAGCAAACCUUGACAAUCUCGACGCCGCCAACUCAUCGCUCUUCAAUGUUUUCGCGAACAGCAAGGGGAAACUUGCUGAGCGUGAGAUGAGAAAGGAGAUAUCAGAGCGCGAGCGGCAACUCGAGAAAGAGGAGUUGCGAAGGCAGGAGUACAAGUGGAACAACCAGGGCAUCAUUCCGGAUCAGAAGCGCCAGCAGCUGCUUGGCAAAAGAGUUGUCGACAAGUCAAAGUACAUCUAUGAUGACUCUGAUGAGGAGCAAGAGACACUCAACGAGAGAAUUGAGGAUGAUAUCGCUUCUCUUGGGCAAGAUGCGCUUUUACUCAAGAAGAUGGCUCUGGCGCAGGCCGCGGUGCUAGAUCACCAAGUCAAGCAGACCGGAGUCAUUGGAGAGAACGUUUCGAGAGCUCACGAGGAUAUCAGGAGCAACGAUCAUCACAACCUCAACUCACCCGACCAAAUGGCCAAGAAAAGGAAGAACGAUGGCGACGGUAUUCGUGUGGGGGGAAAGGUCCUUGACUUGAGUGGCUAUUUGACGAAAAGGCCCAAGCUCGAGGCCUCGCAAUCUUCAACUGAAGCCCUUACAUUAGCGAAAGAGGGCGCGUCGACAAUAAAUGAGGGCCUAUCAGACUCAAAGGAAGGAAUAUCGACAACAAGCAAAGACCCCAAGGCAGGCGGGCGUUUGAAACCAGUCGGCAACCCAAAAUAUUUCGACGCUCGUCAAGCACUCCCGCUUUGGUCAUGGCAAGAUGAUAUUCGACAAAGGCUGCGUCAAAACGAUGUCUUGGUUCUUGUCGGUGAGACGGGUUCCGGAAAGAGUACCCAGGUGCCCCAAUUUCUGAUCCAAGAGGACUGGUGUCAGAGGAAGAAGGUCAAAGUCAAGGGUGAUGGUGGCGUGCAGGAAAUGGCUGUGGGAGGUAUGAUCGCAGUCACGCAACCACGUCGAGUCGCUGCAACCACCUUGGCGCACCGCGUGGCCAAGGAGGCCAACAUCCCGGGGAAGAAGAAGGACACGGAGAGACACGGCCCACUUUCGGACGGCAUUGUUGGCUAUUCAGUUCGUUUCGACCACCGCGUUCCGAAAGGCGCCAAGAUCAAGUAUGUCACAGAAGGCAUGCUGCUUCAAGAGCUUCUUCGCGACCCGCACCUCCGACAGUACAGCGCAAUCAUCGUGGAUGAAAUCCACGAGCGUAGCGUCGAUGUUGAUCUGCUAUCUGGUUUUCUGAAGCAGAUCCUCUCUGGCGACAAGGCUGGUCGCGGCGGCAUCCCGCUCAAAGUCGUCAUCAUGAGUGCUACGGCGAAUGUCGGCAGCAUCAAGAAGUUCUUUUCCGACGUCGAUCCGGAAGGGUCUGAAGAAUCUGUCCCUCUUGCGACAAGACCCAAAACUUCCGUGGAUUUCCUCCAGAUCGAAGGCCGUCAGUUUCCAGUUGAGAUCACGCAUACGCCAAAACCAGUCCCGGAUAUCCAAGAAGCCCUCCUGAGCACACUAUUCAAGAUUCACAAGCAGGAGUCCCUUUUCGACAAACAUGGCAGGAAGGAUAUCCUAGCCUUCCUCACUGGUCAAGAGGAGAUCGAAGCUGCCCAGCGCUUGAUCGAAGAACAUGCGGAAACCUUGCCAGUAGGCGUCCCUAAGAUUGCAGUCUUCCCUCUUUUCGGCCAACUAUCCAUGGAAGCGCAGCACAAAGCAUUCCAACCCACCAAGGACAAGAACACCAGGAAGAUUGUUUUGGCCACAAACAUUGCCGAAACAUCCGUCACGGUACCCGGCGUUCGGUUUGUUGUUGACUGUGGCAAGGCCAAGGUAAAACAAUACAGGCCUCGCUUGGGAAUGGAGUCUCUUCUGGCCAAACCAAUAUCCAAAUCUUCAGCCAUCCAGAGAACUGGUCGUGCUGGCAGAGAAGGCCCUGGAAAGUGCUUCAGACUCUACACAGAAGAGACUUACGAAUCACUUGAGAAGACAGAUCUCCCCGAAAUUCUCCGGACGGAUGUACUCAACGCUGUGCUGACCAUGAAAGCGAGAGGGAUUGAUGAUGUGCUCGCCUUCCCCCUCAUGGACCCUCCAGAAUUCGAGUCGGUGGAAAAGGCGUUGCUUCACCUCCAUAUUCUUGGCGCGCUGGCAGAUGACGGGUCCAUCACGGAUGUCGGGCGCAAGAUGGUCAUGUUCCCCGUCCCACCACCAUAUGCUCGUGUUCUGAUCGCAUCAGCAACGCCAAAAUAUGACUGUAUCCUAGAGGUCAUCGACAUCAUCUCUUGCAUCACAGCGGGCGACGAUAUUUUCCUUCAAAUUCAGUCUGAGGAGACCAAAGAGGAAGCUGAGGAAUUCAGGAAAGAGUUGCGGAGGAGAGAAGGUGAUCUUAUCACGUACCUCACCACCAUCCAGAAAUACAGCGCCGAGAAUGCCGACAGAGUUCGAUGGUGCAAGGACAGGAAAAUCAACACACGGAAUAUGAAGCAAGCCAUGAACAUUCGGAAACAGCUGAGGCAACUUUGCGUCAAGCAAAAGAUGAUGGAACAGCCACCCGCAGACCCUCAGCCGUUCUACCCCGUCACACCGGAAAAGUCUGCUACUAUUCUCAAGUGUUUUCUCAAAGGUUUUGCGCUCAAGACGGCGAUCCUGGCGCCUGAUAACAGUUACGUGACGGCCCAUGGCAAGCAUGUGGUGGCUGUUCACCCAGCUAGUGUCCUCCAUGGACAGAAGAAGGAGGCGAUUAUGUUUUUGGAACAUGUGUAUACCCAGAAGAAUUAUGCCAAGAAAGUGAGCGCUAUAGAGGCUCUGUGGAUAGUGGAAGCGGUGGACAGGUCAGGGUGA